AUUGGACUGGUCAUUUUUGACCCGACCAAGUUUUCGGGUAACCAACACUAAACCGGCUGGGUUUUGAAUUGAAACCCUGGAAACUUGGAUGAAUGCCUAAAUUUGCUCCUCUCCCAGAUCCUUCAUUUACGUUCUCCUACUAAAGAAAAGAAUAUAAAACAUCGGAAAAAAUGAAGGCUGCGACGAGGGUGAUCUUGCUACUUAAGGACGGCGCCGACGACGGCGGCUUCGCUUCUUCAAUCUCAAAUGCUCUCCAACCAAACCCUAACUCUAAUCUCCGAAGAUUGGAAGAGUCAUUUGAGCUGUCGCUGGAAAAGUAUGGAAUCAAAGAUCAUAAAGCUUCUGGAAAUAUGAUUCACUUUCUCAAUAGUAAUGGAGUAUCUGAGGUGUCUGUCUUACUUCUGGAACAUACCGAGCCUCCACUUUUAGCUUGUGCUUUGAAUGAAGUUCUGGUAUCAUUUCUGGGAGGGACCUCAUCAGACAUCCCCAAUCUCGUAGUUCCGUUUCUUGUGGAGGCAUCAAAGCUUAAACUGGAGAAUAAGAAUGCUAUCUCAAGUUAUGAAGUUUCUCUUUACAGAUUGGAAUUUGGCCAACUGCACAAUUUAACACAUGCUUUGGCCUCCAAAAUUCAAAAGGCUCCACAAUCAUUGCGGAUAUAUCAUGAGCAGUUGGCCUGCUUGCUUCACCUUGUCCGUGUCUUAGAUAUCCCGGCGCUUGUUCUUGUUGGACAACAUACUCGGCAUAGUUACAGUAAUAAUUUGGAACAGUAUCCUGAGGUAAUUUAUGGGAUAGGUGAGCUUCUUGCAGAGUACUCAUCUCUUUGCUUUUUAAGGGAGAGGGUUGUGUGGAAUCCACCAAAGUCUUCUAAGGCCAGCAAGGAGCCUUGGCAUGCUCUAUAUGGAUGAUUCUCGAGGUUUUUAUUGCAAACACCAAUUCCACUGACAAUGGACUGAUAAUCUGUCUCUGUAUCCCUGGAGAAAACAAGCUGAUUGCAUAUUUGUCGCGGAUAGAGAAAAUGUCCACCCUUCAAUAUGCGAAGAGCGAGAGAGAGAGAGAGAGAGAGAGAGAGAGAGAGAGAGAUGGAUGUAAAAUUAUAAUGCUAGGUUGGCAAUUAACUCCAUGAAGUGUGUUGGCAGGGAGAUGAAGAUGGACUUUCUGUUUUACAUGCUUUUGCUGUGAAAUGAAACGGAAUAUAUUCAAGGCUUGUUUGCCUUGACCUUUCUUCCCAAAGAAUUUGCUUAGGCUCCAUCUAUAGCUGUGCUAUUAAUGUUACCUCAUGAAGGGUUUAAUUUUUAGAAGUCCCGGUUAGGUAUAAGAGAUAUGUAUCCUUGAUCUUUCUUCAGGUA